UAGCCCUCAAGGAGGUGGUGGGAAGGGUGUGGGGGUGGAGUGAAGGGAAAGGAGGGCGAAUAAGCAGAUCCUUGAAGGUAGAAGCAACUCAGAGAAGCCUCUUUGAAAACCACAGACAAGGCUAGUGGUUGCCCUUUGCUCCAAACCCCAAAAGGUUAUCUUCUGGCUCAGAUGCACUGUGGCCUACUAGGUCCAGGUCCCCAGUGCUUGAGACAAGUGGGAAGGGAAGCCAAUUCGGAGACCAUGAAAGAGGAGAGCCUGUGCCCAGACUCUCCGGAGGACAGCCUGGGGACCAGCGAGGAAGAAAGCGAGAAGAUGCCAAAGAAGGGCCUGCGCAAGAGAAGCCAGCUGGGCAAACCCUCCUCCUUGGCCCCUUCUGCUCUUCCCGAGUGCAGCACCCCCUCUCCGCAGGGCAAGCGCAGCAAGCGGAGUCCUGUUCCCCAGACCUUUGAGGACAUGCACACACAGAGGGUGAUCGCCAAUGUGCGAGAACGCCAGCGCACCCAGUCCCUGAACGAUGCCUUUGCCGAGCUGCGCAAGAUCAUCCCCACCCUGCCCUCGGACAAGCUCAGCAAGAUCCAGACCCUCAAGCUGGCCUCCCGCUACAUCGACUUCCUCUACCAGGUCCUGCAGAGCGAUGAGCUGGACCACAAGAUCUCCAGCUGCAACUACCUGGCCCACGAACGGCUCAGUUAUGCCUUCUCAGUCUGGAGGAUGGAAGGGGCCUGGUCCAUGUCAGCAUCCCACUGAGAUACCCAGCUAGAAGGUCCAUUCAGGAAGAAGGAUGGCCUGUGUCACGCUUGGACUGCAGUCAACAGCAGCAAGUCCUACUCAAUGAAACUCAGGACUUGCCCACCACCAGCUCAGAAGAAGAGCAACCAUCAUCUUGGGGGGGAAGGGGAAAGAGAGACCAAUUCAGACCGAAGAUGGCGAAUCCAAACUUUCCACCUGGCAAGAGCUGUGUACACACUAGGACAGCAGUCCCAAGCAGGCACCAAGUAUUGGGCUUGUUACAAGCUGGUCUCAAAAUGUUUAUGCCGAACUCUAUUAAAGAGCUAAUUUAUUUUUGAAUUUGCAGGUUUUAGGAAGAUAUUUCUAAAAGCUUUUCCCCGACAGUAUUUUACACUAUCCAAAAAUAUUGUUCCUUAGCCUUCAGUAUCCAGUUCAGUUUCUGAGAAGUCUGAACUCAAGACAAUUUCUUGGCCACAUUUGCAGCAAAGCCCCAAAUCAACAUGUGCUCAGAGAUAACAUUAGAAAUCCUCUGACCUUAUUAUGCCUUUCCAGUUAGAGAAGGAUUUGUAGAACAAAUGCUUUCAAAUGGUCCAUGAGUCCAAUUGGGCUUUUAAGUCAGAAGUUCCCUUCACUCUAAGCUCUCUUAAAACGACACUUUAUUCCUUCCUCUUCUAAACAGGAACCAAGUCAAGUCCUUCUGUGUUAUCAUGCCGUCCCUCCAGGACUCACUAGAUGUCCCUUUCCCAUGGCAUGGCAGUUUCUCCAAUUUUUAUAUUCCCUACUGCCUCCAUUUUGGAAAUAAUUGCGCAUCUAAGGCUUAGUUGUUGGAUAUAAAGGCUUUAAGAGGAUGAGAGUAUUUAUUACACUCCUUUGCUCCCAUUCACCACUGUAAUGCAACCCCCAUCCCUGGGAAACAAUAAUCUGAAAUUGGGCUGAAAGUUUCCCCAUCCUUGCCCUGAGAGAGCCCAUAGACUCCUUAGCAUAUCUGAUAUUGUCUAAUUUUAGACACUUAGCAGGGGCUGGUCAAUACAUGGAAGGGAGACCACCAGGGAUCUCCAGGCAAAACUAGGCAAGGCUGAAAAACCACAAUGGAGCCAUCUGGAAAACAUGAAGCUGCAAUAAAUUGGAUUAUCAGAGCUAGCAAUAAUUGAACCUAUUUUCUAGGGAUGGAAGAGUAUUUGAAAAUAUUUUUAAUGGCUGACAACCAUAUUUCUCAAGUGUUGAAUAUCCCUGAUAUGAAGAAUCCUUGGCCAAUGGUACUCUUUAUAAUUCAGGGCUUAUUUGCAUGUGCUUGUUUUUGGCACAGGAAACAUUUUCUGUUUUCUCUGCAAAAAGUAUAUUUUUAAUGCAGAAUAAGACCUAAGAUAUGAGUAUUUUAAAUACUCCUAGUUUCCAAACAUUUUCUUGCACUGGGAAGAAAAGGGACACAUUUUGUUGUUUCUUUCAAGGAAAAAGUAAGUGAUGAAUAAUUCUUCACUAAUUUUGGCUUGACCUAGCACAAGGCAGUUUCGUACAUUACUUUACCUUUCUGGAAGGGACCAGAGCUUUACGAUAGAACACCAUUUGCAUACAUAAUAUUUCAAGGCCAAGCCUGGCAUCUCUCAUUGAAAGAAUUAGAUAGCAGGAAAUGAGAAAGAACCCUGCCUGAGGCUCUAGAAUCACUGCCAAUAAGCAAUACUAGUCUAGAUAGACAAACUGGUACCAUACGAAUUUGUGUCCCUUUACUCUGGGUUUUCUGAUGACUGUGAUAAUAUGUUAUAAUAUCUCAUCAUUGUGGGAUGGCUUUAGAGCAGAGCUUUCCAAACAUUUCAUGUUGGUGACACAUCACUUUUAUAUAUUCAUCAUGUCUCAACACAGUAAUUCAGUUUUACUAGCAAACUAGAAGUUAAACCAACCUAUAUAAAAGAUAUGUACGCAUAUAUAAAUUCUAUGAACAAAAUGUAUGGAGACACAAUCAUGAAAAACUUUGGUUUAUAUUUUUAAAAAUAUAUGAUUUAUUGCUUAUUUCUCAUACUCAGAAAUUUUUCAUUACGUUCGUGUGACACACCUACAUACUGUAGCCAACACACUAACGUGUUGAAAUACACCGUUUGGAAAGCUCUGCUUUAGAGUAAAGAGUUUCUUGCCUACAGAUGUAACCUUAUUGUUAUCUGAAUUCUGUGCUUUUUUUUCUUAAAAAAAGACCAACAAAUA